AAUGUUUACCUGCUUGUGCACUUCCUUCUCAAACAGAGAGAAUUGGAGGAGUUUUUGAAGAAUGCAGGCCCCCAACUUGUUGUCAUUGAUUUUUCUGCCAAAUGGUGUGGACCUUGCAAAAUGAUUCGUCCUGCCUUUCAUGAGUUAGCGGUUCGGUAUGAACAUGUGCUGUUCUGCAUUGUUGAUGUAGACUUGGCAAAGGAUGUGGCAGACCUUUGCAAUAUCAUUGCCAUGCCAACAUUCCAGUUCUUCAUGAACGGAGAAAAGAUUUUUGAAAUAACUGGUGCUAAUGCAAAAAAACUGGAGCGGAAGAUUAAAGAGUUGAUGUAAUCACUGAAGAAUGCUCCCCUGUGAUCCCAUGCUAUUGCUACAAAUGCCAGUAAAAUAACUUUUCCACAAGCCACCAUCUAGGUGAAAGAUACAUUCAUACAAUGAAGUUAUACAGAAAUGGUCUAUUUAAGUCUAAGGUCUAGAGGAACCUGUGUAAUGGAAUGAUACACUUGACAGUCAUCAUAGAAAGGAUGCCAUUCUGUAGUUAUGCCCCAUUUCCACAGAUCUCAUGUUCAGUCUGACAUCACCGGAAAUUGCCUAAAGUCUUCAGAUGGCAAGCUAUCCCCACAGGAGAAAGCUUUGAAAAACCUGCUUAGUCUUCAGACCUCAGGAAUUUGGAAGUGUGCUAAUAUAGCUUAUAACCUUCU